GCCGCGCCGAUCGCGAAGCUGGUGGUGGUGGUGUAUUUUUAGCGAAUCUACUGAAGAAACCUUCAUGUCCGCCUGUGCUCAUCGGUGUUCGCGAAGUGGGGGCUAUCUGCCAAAAAAUGGAAGAUGAUACGUCGUCGUCGGGUCCCACAGCUAGGACUGUGGCCUUCAACGAGUAUCUAUACGACAGCCUAGACAAUACUACCUUCGGUCAGCAGAUAUUCUCUACGAAAGACGGCAUUUUCGAUGACUCCAACGACGGCCAGAACGCUGCAGAGGACCUGGAUAUCUUUGGUGAAGAAGACCACGAAAACGAAAAUGCGGGGUAUAUUCAGCACACCAUAUCGGCUGACCAGAUCUGUAUGCAGAUCAAUCCAGGCAACAGCCCGAUGCCAAAAAACCCAACCCACGCCACACUGACUAUUCAGAGCCUGAACCAAGAGACUCGAAAACGUGAGAUAAAGCGCUUUCGGUGCAACUAUGAGGGCUGUAAGCGCACCUACAGCACGGCAGGCAACCUUAAAACACACCAGAAGACUCACACUGGCGAGUACACCUUCGUGUGCGCGCAAGAGGGCUGUGGCAAGGCUUUUCUCACCUCGUAUAGCCUCAAGAUCCACUUCCGGGUACACACGAAUGAACGACCGUACGAAUGCCACAUCUCAGGCUGUGAAAAAACCUUCAACACUCUCUACAGGCUGAAGGCCCACCAGCGAAUCCACACAGGAGAGACGUUCAACUGUGGCCAGGACGGCUGCGUGAAAAUCUUCACCACCCUGAGCGACCUCAAGAAGCACACUCGGACUCACACUGGUGAAAAGCCUUACAGGUGUGACGCAGAUGGGUGUGGGAAGUCAUUUGCCGCUAGUCAUCACUUGAAAACCCACAUAAGGACCCACACAGGGGAGAAGCCCUACCUCUGCACGCAGGAUGGCUGUUUGAAAACAUUCACGACGCAGUACAGCCUCAAGACUCACGUUGCAAGGCAUGACCGGAUACAGGGUGAUGAGGGUCAGGUGGUGACGUUUCACUUGGACGGCGUGGACGUCGACAUCGAUGACCCCUUAGAGGGGACUGCAGACUGUGAAGUGGACGAUAGUACGGCCCACAUGAUUCUCAACACCAUGGUGGGCACAACAGCAGCCGAGCCAAGUCCUGGCAACGGCGGACUAGUCAGCGUUCCCAUUCAGGAAGUGGACGGCAGCAGCUCUGCCCUUCGAGCCUAUGCCAUGAUACCCCUGGACAUUGUGAGUAGUGGUUCCGGACAGAGUGAUGCAUCGCCUAAGGUUGCACAAGUGCUGCUGCCACGGACACUUACUGUUGACUUGGCGACGCAAGUGGGCAAGCCAGAAGCAACAGUGGCGGUAGAUGACUUGGUGCCAGAUGUGGAAGUCGUGAUGCCUACGGUGGUGCCCACUGUGUUGCCGGCAACUGUUCACGUGGAUGAUCUGGACAUCUUGGGCAUCUCGGCAUCAGAGGCAGACAUAUGCAACUGCCCGGACAAACAGGAAUGCGAAAAUGGGAACUGCAGAAAUUGCCCCAGCAAAGUGGUCAGUGUCUGCUGUUCCCCGGACAUUCUUGCCAACACUCAAGGUCAAGAUGGUGUAGGUGUAUCAAGAGCUGCUGCUGACGGUUUGACAGAACGUGCCGGCCAUCGGGCUUGCUGCUUAUAACACCGGCUUUUUUCGUUUGUGCUUCAGGUUCCCAGACUUAAAAAGACAAAAAUCUUAAAUCUAGUGCUGACAGUGAACAUGUUUGCAGGAUUUCUUGCCUUGCCUUAGAGGAGCUAGUAGGGUUUCCUGGCUGUACAGCACCAGUUCGGUUGACUGGCAUCCUGCCAAUUUUCAUUAGGCAGUGAUUGUUUCAAAGUAGGGCAAGGGUAAUAUUUCAGAGGAUUUUUUGGGCCUAAUGCUAGCGUUAAUUGCUCUCCCCAACAAUUGUACAACUGCUUUGUUGUGGUGCCUUCUUUGUGUAAGCCGAGGCAAGUACCUGCAGCAUGUUGCAGGUACUGCAAGUACCUUGUGGUAUAAGUGAUAGAAUGGUCCCAUCCUAUGGUUGAUCAUUUCCUGCCCACCCCUGUUUAGGGCGUGUACAUUUUAAAAGACAUAAUUGUUAGUGAGCAGCAGCACUUACUCUGAGCAGGCACCUCUUAGGUAAAGGGCACACUGGGAAGUGAAAGCCAACUGCAUUGGUAGGGUGUGGAUUAGCGACCUGCAGGUUUUGUACUUUCUCCGAGUGAAGACUGCACAUAACUGUCUUGUCUUGGCUAAAACAGUGUGGGCCCCCUUCAUCUGUUUAAUUGGCACGGUUGGAACCAGUUCAGAGCAUUCACCGAUUGAGCACUGACUUACUGAAAGAAGUGUGCUGUGUGCUCAAUGUGCUCGUGACAGGGAAUGAACUUAAGACUUCUGCUCAAAUAAGUUUUUUUUUUAACAAUAGAUAGCACUUUUAUUAACACUUCUUGUUAUUGAUUCUAGACUUGUGACCGAGUUCUUUUAUAGUGCUGAUGGCUUAGAUUAAUUUUUACGUAGUCACUUGUUUCGUGAAAAUAAUAUAGCUCAGUACAUUGGUAUUCUGAGGUGCUGAUUAACAAACGAGGCUUUUGGUUGAGGGUUGCGGCCACAAAUAGAUGAAGUUGUAGUUCCUCAACACACAGUCUUAGAUUGGACAAUGCUUCUUCAUUAAGGUCCAUAUUCAACCACAGCUCUCUGGGCAUUAGGAUUUGUUUUUAGCAUAUUUUUUUUCUACUACUGUUCAGACGAAUUGAGGUGAGUGUUGGGUGAGUGAACACUACAUAUCCAGCAUGCUGUUUUCUACCUGCGAAAUUUAUUUGUAUUUUCUUUUAGGUAUGUUCUUUGUGCCUGCAACAAUCAUCUUUGGAGUGAAAGUAGUACCUUGAAAUGGCCACUUUUAUACAAAGCGAUUUUUCUUGUGAAGCUAAAAGCUGUUCUUUCUGUUGCUCUUAAAGCUUUUAACUUUGUCACAAACAUGCCCAAAUUUUGAGCACAGCUUUUGCAGUGCGUCAUGUUUACAAACUGUCCUUUCUUGGUUAGGGGGGAGGGGGGGGAUUGUUUUAGAACCUUGAAAAAGAAACUUUAAGAUUGGUUUUAACAAACAACUUUAAGAGCAGCUCGAAACAACAUGCCAGAAGAUGUCGCACUGCCGGACACUUUACCCUUUGCCGUACAAGCCAAGGUGUUUCACAGGAAGUAGGUAUAUCGUAGAGCAGUAGUUGAUAUCAUUCCGAAGAUAAAUUCUUUUGACAGUGCUAUGUAUACAGAGUAUUACAAAGUGUAUAAAGCUACACAUAGUGUUGUUGAAAGGGAAAAGUACUAGAAUAUGACUCAUGUGAUAACCGAGUCAAUUGUGAAGAGCAUUUGCAAGUGUAGCUAAGCUGAGCAGUGCCGCCUGAGCGAUGUGCAGUGUCAGCAUCCUACUAGUACGUCCCACUGUGAUAGUGGAUGGGUCCCAUUCUUGGUAAUCUGUUGUUACUGAUCACUAGCUAAAUCUUUAACUAUCAAGUGCUUGUGUUGAAAGGCCUUAGUCACUUUUUUUAAUGCACUAUAGUUGUUUUAAAGAUGCUGGUGUGACAGAAAAAAAAAGACAGCGUUGUGUGCUUUAACACUGUUAAGUUACUUCAUGUAUUUUGAUCACGUCUUCACUCUUUGGACCCUGGGAUUUGCAAUCUGGCUUCUUACGAACUCUGGCACACAGUGCGGCAGUCCUUGAAGAUUGCUUGAAACAGUAUGAAAAUCUGAUUCAUUAUGUAUUUGCCAUGCAGAAUCUUGCAGUGUGCUGCAGUAAUGUGUUUGUAAGCUUUGGACAGCAUUACUUUAGUUAAUCAAGACUGCUAAUUGGGCUAGUUGUAAUGUUGGAUUCAUGGUUAUGAAAAUUCAGUGCCAAACACAAGGGACAAAGAAGGAAGUUUAGAAAGUGCAUUAUUUCGGUUACUUGACUUAUCGAGCUUUCUACACUGAAGAUCAAGCAUGCCUUCUCAAUGCACAUUGAGAAACGUUAUGAGGUAUGCAAAAUUUGCUAUGAUAUGCACUGAAUUGAGUUUCCUGAUGUUACCGCUGGAGAGAAAUGUGGUGCUAGUGUCCCAAAAUGACGGCCAUUACAGCAUAGAUUGAUUCACUUAUCCUGUAGGGCGUGAAGUGUCCUUGCUGCUUUUUAUAACUUUAUUGAAGCAAAUUCCUCGCUGCAUAUUUGUUGUAUGGGAGUGAUAAACCUCGUUUAGGUGCAAAAUGCUACUACAUUUGAGGAAAAUGAGUAACAACGCUGGAUGGACACUGGGAUGUGACUGAGACAGACAGAGCGCCAACUUUCAACCAACAUUUUAUCGCGCACACAGCAAUAUAUACAGGACAGGCCCUUGAAUAGGCAGGAAGGAGAGAACAUAUAAAUGGAAUAUAUAUUCAGAAAGAUAUUAAUGAUUGAUAAUGUGAAACUCACACAACUAAAUGGUCGCCAUCAUCCGUGUGCAAGAUGCGCGAGUUACUUCGUGAGGAGCAAUACCAAAGCCACACUCAUGCACAUAUUGCCUUUCUUGUCGAUGCAAAAGGCCUGAUAUAUCUCAGGUGCACAUUGGUUACCAUAGCACCUUAGUAUUUUGCAUUUGUCAAACAAUGCACGGCUAGGUGGCUGCCAACACACCCUUUCAUUAAAUGUUCUCUGAGGCGGUUAUUAAUACAACAGCCAGUGUGGCUGAUAGGGAGUGACCGCGGUUCUUGCAUACGAGCAUUCCUCUUUUUGAUUGUUGCAUGUGUCACGCCUUAGCUGUUCUAAGUCAAAACAUUCAGCAAUGGAGGACAGCAAAUUUCCCAUGUAGCCUGCCAGGAGUUGAUGUGUUUUGUUCCUGCAUGAAGAAACUAGAACUAAUUACUGAAUUUCCCAAUAAUAACAAACUUAGGUUCCUUGACCUUGAACUGUUUUUAUCUGACCAUUCGUGCAGGCAGUAUGCCCUCCGCUCCAAGAAGAGCCUCCUACCUUACAUCUCGGCGCAUUUCAAACUUGUGAAGCAUGCUAUUGCCAAAUGUUGUCUAGGGGCUGCCUUGUUGAGGUUGUGCUUUCACACAAUGCGCUGCAGUUUUAAUUCCCAGUUUCUCACACUGCAAAUGGAAGGCUACCUGGACAAUUUACUCUCCACCAUUGCCGAAUGUCUUUUAGCAGAUUUAAAACAGCCAAGGCGUGACCAAUACAACAACCAAAAAGAGUAAAGUUUGCAUUCCCUAUUUGCACCAAGUGGCUCAUCAUAUAAAAAAAGGUAGCGCAUAAAGCAGGCAUUAGGAUUGUUUUCUCAGCAACAAACAAGUUCUCCAGUAUGUGCCCAAAAGUGAAUAGGGUAAACACGGGGCUUCACACCUGUAAUAUGAAACACACAAAAAAGCCUGUUGAUUGCUGCCACAAUGUAGCAUACGAGAUCCCCCUCUCGUGCGGUUGUUGCUACAUCGGCCAAACUGGCCAUUUUACUAAUGACCACCUCAGAGAACAUUCAAAUUUAAUGAAGGGGUGUGUCGGCAGCCACCUAGCUGUGCGUAGCUUUGAGUGUGGUUGUCGUACAUUGUUUGACAAAUGCAAAAUAUUACUAGGGUGACCAGCGUACACCCGAGAUAUACGAGGCCUUUAGCAUCGACAGGAAAGGCGAUAUGUGCGUGAGUGUGCCUUUGGUAUCACUCCUCACGAAGGAACACGUGCAUCUUGCACGUGGAUGAUGGCAACCGUUUAGUUGUGUUGUUUUCACAUUAUCCAUCAUUGCUAUCUUUCUGACGAUGUAUUCCUACUAUAUGUUCUCCUCUCCCUCCUGCCUACUCAAGCCCCUGUAUAUAUUGCUGUGUGUGCAAUAAUACAGUGAAAGCUCGUUAAUUCGAACUUCAAUAAUUCGAAUUUAUGGAUAAUUCGAACUGUACGAUUUGGUCCGGCCAAGCUCCACAGAAGUGUAUGUAUAAAAAAGUCCGUUAAUUUGAACGCGAGAAGGUUCCCUCACGGAUAAUUCGAACUACGCUUGCCUGGCACACGGCCAGAGAAACGCGCCUACUGCCUACACACAAGGCUGUAUUGCCUCCGAAACGGAGAGAACGGCGAGAGAAGGCAAAAUUGGAAAAAAAUCUAACCGACGCGGGGCCAGCCAGAAAGCAGCGGCGGCUGCCGCCUCUCCAUUCUACGUAACCUCCGAGACUUCAUGCCCGUUGCGAAUCUCGGAGGCUUUGCAAAUCUUGUACAGCUGCUAAUGUUGUGCGGAGAUGGCACGGCAAGCGCCAUCGUAACACAGCGAAUCAAGUACGUUGCAGCUGCGCUUGCAAUCAAGAACCAACGAAUCAGGGCCUUCGCCACCUUCACAUGUUCAGCGUCUUUGUCUCGGUAGUCUUCAUCGGUUGUGCACGUCUGUUUUCAGCUUAGGAGGUAUCGGCCAUCGCAAUUCAUUGUGAUGGUGUUAAGCCUCGGCUAACGUUCGUUUCGGUGGACAUCGGUAGUGUGGCACAGUCGGACCCAGAGCUUCGAUUUCAAGAUUGCGUGUGCCCGCGGCACACGCCAUCACUUUCUGACACGCCAAAUUUCUGACAUGCCCUACUGCUUCCAAAUCGCAGUGUACUGUUGCUCUCCUUCACUUUCGUUAGUUCGAACUUUCGUUAAUUCGAACUGGAGCGGCUACCCCUUGAGGUUCGAAUUAACGAGCUUUUACUGUAUAUUCGUUGAAAGUCGAUGCUUUGUCUGUCUCAGCCGCGUCUUGCUGUCCACUGCUGUUACUCAUUGAAGACAUGUACCAACCAGCCGAAGUUAGCACGUUAUUGCUACUAUAUUUGACUGUUAUCUGUAUCUGAAUGUUGCAGAGAACUAGACUGUUCUGCAUAUGAAAAAAAAAUUCUUCAUGGUAAUUGUUGCAUAUUUAAUAUCAUUAAUAUUUAGUGGCAUGCAUAUUAUUGAUAUUGCUUAUUUAUUUGUUCAAAGUUAUGUCAUAAAACAAAUAUUUUGCAAGCUUUUAUGUUCAACAUACUCCAGAUAGAAAAAUAAUUUCAGCUGCAUUUGCAAAUUAUUCUGCUAUAAUAAAAAAAUAAAAGAAAGCACUGAUUUCACAAGUGGAGGCCGAGAAGCCAGAAAAAGACAUGAAAACAAAAGACAGGAGCAGUGCUCGUUUGACGUUCACCAGCUUGCAGGUACCGCAUGAAAUGACGGUACCUGCUUGGGCACACUUAAUUUUUCAUUGAUAAAGUUGAACUACAUCAUAUCGUAAAGGAGCCACAGACUGAGCUUAGCAAGUUUUGAAAACUAUUGCUGCGCUGCACCUGCUCAAGUACGGAAAAAUACAUUGAACAUCGCAAUGUUACUCAUGUACCAGUGCUGGAAUUUAGCCGCUAAGUGGGGGGAGGGAAAGAACUUUAGUGUUCGUUUUUUCUCCUAGUAAUCGCCUUUUUCCCAUAAACUUAACGAAUAAUAGAGAUUAGAAAGUAUUUAAUUGUCUAAAUUGACUAAGUGUUUCUUUUUAGUGUCCAUAGAGGAAUUGUGAGGAAAGCACACUGCACUAUGGAACCUCAGAGACCAAUAACGAGGUUUUUAUAACAAAGUUGUAUCAAUCAGAACGUAAGAAAAAUCUAUGUAGUUGAAUUCAUCAUACCUGCCAGGUUAAACGAUUGCACCGCCACAUUUUCUCCAAGUGGUCUCAAUAUGAAACUGUGGUGUACAGAAAAUGAAAAGGUGCCUGCAGCUUUGUGGGAGAAGCACAAUACAGCAGUUCGCUUUAAAAACUGCAUAUUAACACCAUACAUGCCACUGCUACCUCUAGUUUCAUGAAACCAAAGAAAGGUAGAGAAUUAACUGCUUGAGAUUAUACGUGCAAGAUGUUCAUUGCAGUGUGCAAUUCUUUAAACAGUGACAUAUCUACCACUCACAGCAGCAGCGGAAACUGAAAGGUUAAUAUUUCAGCAUCUGUACACCUUGUGAAGGGUCAUUGGGGCAAAUAUUAGGCUAAUGUGGGUUGGUAGGUUACAUGUUUGGAAAGCCAACUGAGUGGUUUUUAGCAGAGCUGCUUGGUACAUUUGAAUUGACGUGAGAGAUGGCUGGCAGUGCCACUGACUCCAUCUUACCGUAAUGCCAUGGAUUGUUCCAGCAUCUGGCCAAGUCUAGUUGGAUGUUUAUCAGUGAGGCAGGAUUGCACUGGCAUUUCACGAUAAGUUAAAAACCGAGGCAAGCAACACAUUUAGCAAGUAUUGUGUGGUGGCCUUUUUGGUGCGACCAAAAAGCGGCACCUAGCACAAAAGCUCGAGAUGAGGACAUGAAAGAAAGGCCACUUGCUUGCGUCUUUGUUUCGAGGGUCUUGUACUAAACACCAGUGCCUACUAGAGUUCGGAAUAUUACGAAACUAGAAUCAGGCAUGUAAUGCUGGUGGAAAGUUAGUCUCCUCUUUCUGCCCUAAUAAGCUAUUGUCUCAAAACCAAUGGAAAAGGGGAUGUGAAAGAGGUAAUAUCGUUAGUGUAGCCUAUUUUGAUGCUUCACUUUAAGUGGUCUUUGAGGGACAGAAUUUAUGCCACCACUGAAGGUACAGCAACAAAUAGCUGCAUUACAAAGAAAUUUUUUUUUACAAUGCGUGUUUUGGGCAUUUUAUUGAAUUUUUCCGCAGAAUUUGUUGAUGCUACCUCACAAUGUGGGAGCACAGCACCUUUGUGUAGGGUUUUUUAACCUGCCGAGGGGAAUAGUAGAUGGAAGAGGAUGGGAAUAACUGAAGCAAGGCAGGAUUCCUGCCCUACACUGACAUGUGAAUGACACAUCAACAUUUUUGCUAGGUGACCUCUUGUCACACUGUCUUCAUUUUCUUAGUGACGGCGUCGUCCUCUGGUGCAAGGAAAAAAAGAAAUGUGUGGAACUGUAGGUAGAUCUAAUAUUUGCCUUUAGUGUCUCAUUAAAGAGCAGCAGUGUAGGAUGACCUGUGCAAGAAUAAUCUGAAAUGUAAAUGGAGUGUUGUGUAUACCAAGCCAGCAACAUUGCACACUGUGCUGUUGUGUUCCAUGUGAUAAUCUCAUAACACUUGCAGGGAGAGUGAAAAGUAGCUUCUUGUGCUCUUGGUGAUGUGGAUGACUCGGCAUUAGAUGCUGCUCAAAGUGCUGGCACUGUGAGACAGCUUCAUUCAUCUACUGGGCAGCUCAAAGGUGUUAAUGAACAAGUUCCUCUAAAGCUUGCUUAUUAUGGGCACCUCAUAUUCACAUGAACUGUCGUGGAGGCGCAGGAGUUUGUGACAAGAUUCAUGGGCUUUGGUUUGCCACAUGCACGUAAUUUCUUAGCUUUUACAGAAAUGCUAUGCUGCCGCUCUGAGUCAAACACACUGAAGCUCCUUUAUAAUUUGUGGUUGCCGAACAAAAAUGUGAUCAUUACAAGUGCCAACUGCAGUGCAAGGAUUCAAAAUGCUUUGUUUUGCAAGCUUUGGAAUCACUGUGUUCACCACUUGAGUUUGUAACAGAAGCAGUAGGGUAUAUACUGUCAUUUAUCUGCCACACUACAUCUGUGACAUCCCGCCCAAAUUACUACAGCAGCUAUGCACUUAGGGUCAAGGCGUGUUUCAUCAUGCUUGAUAGAACUGAUGAUGCAAUAUGUACAUAAAAGGUGUGCCCUGUGGGCACCUUAUCCACAGAUUGCCUUUUUUUAAUGUUUGCAUGUUGUUCUAUGUGACCGAGUGAUGUUGGAGUGCAUUAUGAAAAGAAAACCUACACGAGAUGAAAUAAACCAGAAAAUCUCUAUGAA